AUGUGGGAAGAAAAUUUUGACACAGAGAAUCACGGCGUUGGAAGAAAGCGGGACUACUCCCCCGUGUCCUGGAGUGAAUACUUUGAGAUGAUGGAUGAUGUUGUCGUGGGAUCGGCGGAAAACAAAGACAUCUUCCGGGUGUAUAAGAGCGGGGUGGAUGGGCCACUGCUGGUUCUGCUCCAUGGAGGGGGUCACUCUGCCCUGUCCUGGGCCGUCUUUACGGCUGCCAUGACAAGCAGGGUAACCUGCAGGGUGUUAGCCAUGGACCUGAGAGGUCACGGCGCCACUCAAGUCCGGCACUCAGAUGACCUUUCAACACAGACAAUGUCCAGAGACGUGGCCAACGUGGUGCGGGCGACCUACGGAGAGAUCCCACCUCCCGUGAUCCUGGUGGGGCACAGCAUGGGCGGGGCCAUCGCUGUCCACACCGCCAGCAGCACCCUCCUCCCCUCUGUGGUGGGGCUGGUGGUCAUCGAUGUGGUGGAAGGAAGUGCCAUGGAUGUGCUGCACAGCAUGCAGAACUUCCUGAGGGGGAGGCCCAAGUCUUUCAAGUCCAUUGACCAUGCCAUUGAGUGGAGUGUCAAAAGCGGGCAGAUCAGAAACCUUGAGUCAGCAAAAGUGUCAAUGGUUGGUCAAGUACGGAGGUGCGAGGGGGAGGAGGGGGACUCCUCGGAGCAGGUCAGUCCCGUCAGCGACGUGGUUGCCGAGGGCCACGAGGAGUUUUAUGACCUGAAUUACGUCACCGAUAAGGCCGAGAGUGCGGCAUCAGAGCCACUGAGUGUGUACAGCUGGAGGAUUGACCUCUCCAAAGCAGAGAAGUACUGGGACGGCUGGUUCAGAGGAAUCUCCAAUCUCUUCCUUGGCUGUAACGUGCCAAAACUAUUAUUACUGGCAGGUAUUGAUCGCUUGGACAGAGACCUGACUAUAGGCCAAAUGCAAGGAAAAUUCAUGAUGCAGGUGCUGCCCCCUUGUGGCCAUGCUGUUCAUGAGGACACACCAGACAAAGUGGCAGACGCACUGGCGAGCUUCAUGAUCAGACACAAAUUCGCAGAAGCGAGGAGUGAAACCAAGAGCUCCUCCUAUCCUUUCAUGCGGUGAAACACCCAGGUCCUGCCAACAUCACCCUCACCUCAUCGUCCAACCAGC